GAAGACAACAAUCAUGUUAUUUUAAUAAUAUAAAAUGAUAAGUUGUGUCGUGCCACUAAAUUAUUCAGGAAUCAGGAAUGAGAUCUUUAACGACAUGGAAGCAUCUCGGAAAAAGUGAAGCCCCAUUUGUCACCUAAACUUUGUAUAAAAAUGGCAUCCUUCAAUUAGAAUUCAGAACCAGACACAAAAGAUAUCUCAAUAUAAUUUUUUUUCAUAUUCCAAAAAACUCAACAUCCCCAUUUACAAGUUACAAAAUCUGAAAAAAAAACAAAAACUCAGAAAUUCAUUCAGUUUCUUCAUCAAUGGAUACAAUCAAAUCUUUCAAAGGCUAUGGCAAAGUGGAUGAGUUGGAAGAACAAGCUUUCAGGGAGAAAACCCGUAAGCGUCUCAUUAUCUUAAUUGUCUCUGCCAUUCUUCUCCUUAUUGCAGUUGUAGGCAUAGUUGUUGGAACUGUUGUUCACAAAAACAACGAAAAGGACAACAAUUCGAAACAAACCUCUUCUACUGCUCAAUCCCUGGAAGUUCUCUGUAGCUUAACUGAGUACAAAGAUUCGUGCUUAUCAAGCUUAUCAUCCUCAAAUAUCACUGAUCCAGAAACGCUGUUCGUACUUUCUUUGAAAAUCGCCAUGGAUGCGGUCAAGAAUAUGUCUUCUGGACCGCAGAAUUGGGCGAAAUUGACUAAAGAACCCAAAGUACAAAGGGCAUUGAAAGUCUGCGAGACUGUAUUCGACGAUGCAAUUGAUAAACUUAACGACUCUGUUUCAUCAGUGCAAGUGAACGGAGGCGCAAAACUGCUUUCAGGACCCAAAAUCGACGAUCUCAGAACUUGGUUGAGCUCGACGCUUACAGAUCAGGAGACUUGCUUGGACGCACUCGAAGAAAUGAAUGCCACAUUCGUAAACGACGCUAAGCUGUUAAUGAAAAAUUCAACUGAAUUUACCAGCAACAGUUUAGCUAUUGUGGCUAACAUUUUUGGGAUUCUAGGUAAAUUCAAUAUUCCGAUUCACCGGAAAUUGUUGAACAUUGGGGAAUUCCCGGAAUGGGUAGCAGCGGGUGACCGGAGACUUAUGCAGGAGGUUAGUCCGAAACCGGACGUGACAGUGGCGAGUGAUGGUUCCGGAAAUGUUACGACUAUUGGAGAAGCAGUGAAAAUGGUGCCGAAAAAGAGUAAAACGAAAUUCGUGAUAUAUGUGAAGGAAGGUGAAUAUGUUGAGACAGUGAGAAUGGAUAAGUCUCUUUGGAAUGUCAUGAUGUACGGCGAUGGCAAAACUAAGACCAUUAUUUCCGGCAGCUUGAACUUCAUCGAUGGCACCCCCACUUUUGAGACGGCCACAUUUGCUGUUGCUGGUAGAGGCUUCAUUGCCAGAGACAUAACAUUCAAGAACACCGCUGGGGCCGCAAAGCACCAGGCAGUGGCCAUGCGUUCAGGGUCCGAUCAAUCUGUAUUUUAUCGAUGCUCCUUUGAUGCCUUCCAGGACACCCUUUAUGCUCACUCCAACCGUCAAUUUUACCGCGAAUGUGACAUUACAGGUACAAUCGAUUUCAUGUUUGGUAACGCUGCGGUUGUUUUCCAAAGUUGUAAAAUCCAGCCCAGACAACCAUUACCCAAUCAGUUUGUGACCAUUACGGCCCAAGGCAAAAAAGACCCAAAUCAGAAUUCAGGCAUGUCUAUUCAAAAGUGUGAUCUUUCACCAUUGGAUGAUCUAAAAGCACCAACAUACUUGGGCAGGCCCUGGAAGGACUACUCUACAACAGUAAUCAUGCAGUCCACUAUUGGUGCAUUCUUGAAUCCUCUAGGUUGGAUUGAAUGGGUCAGUGGUGUGGAGCCAGCCAACACCAUUUUCUAUGCUGAGUAUGCCAACACCGGCCCAGGUGCAUCUGUGACCCAAAGGGUCAAAUGGGCCGGUUAUAAGUCCAGCAUUACCCCAGACCAGGCGGCCCAAUACACCGUACCGUCUCUCAUACAAGGCGAUACUUGGUUACCAGAGACAGCAGUUGUCUUUGAUUCUUCCUUGUAAACAUGAAGUAUGGACUAAAUUAAUCUUCUCUAGGAAGUAUAUUAAAAAAUUCAGUUUCUUUUUUACUUUGAAGAAAAAAAAGUCCAGUUAUUUGGCAAUCUACUACUGCGUGUAUUCUUUUUCCGGCAGUGACAUUCUUUUAACCUGUAUGUAUGUUUUAUAAAAGCAUUGUGAACAAAACUGACAAAUGUUGCUUGUAAUUUAAUUUAUUAAUUAUAAAAGCUUUGUGAACAAAAUGA